CCAGCAAAGAGCAAGCCCACAAAUGUGCGUCACAUGCGCCGGAUCAUCGCUGAGGAUGCUGAGUGGUCACUGGCCAUUGUGCCCCUCCUCACAGAGCUCUGCAUUCAGCACAUCAUCAAGAACUUCGAGAAAAACCCUAUCCUGAAGCAGCUGCUCCCAGAGCACCAGCAGAAGGUCUUGAACCACCUGUCCCCUGACCUGCCGCUGGCUGUGACGGCCAACUUGAUCGAAGAUGAGAACUACUGGCGUCGCUGCUGCACGAAGCGCUGGCCGGUGUGCCACGUGGCCAAGCAUGGCGGCAGCUGGAAACACAUGUUCUUCGAGAGGCACUUGGAGAACUUGCUGAAGCACUUCAUCCCGGGUACCACGGACCCCAGCGUCAUCCUCGACUUGCUGCCCCUCUGCAGGAACUACGUGCGCAGGAUCCGUGUGGAUCAGUUCCUUCCACCGGUGCAGCUCCCAACCUCGCCGCUGACCCGGGAGCCGUCCGAGUCGGAAAGCGAGGUGGAGUCGGAGGAGCCCACCAUGGACCAUUACCAUCUGGGCGAUCUGGUGGCCGGCCUGAUCCACCUGGAGGAGCUGGACCUGGUGUACGGUGUCAAAGACUGUGGCAUGAACUUCGAGUGGAACCUCUUCCUUUUCACCUACCGAGACUGUCACUCCUUGGCGGCCACCAUCAAGGCAUGCCACACCCUUAAGAUCUUCAGGCUGACUCGAAGCAAGGUGGAUGAUGAGAAGGCCCGCAUCCUGAUCCGCAGCCUGCUUGACCACCCAGCCCUCAGGGAGCUGGACCUGUCGCACAACCUCAUUGGGGACCGUGGUGCACAUGCUGCUGCAAAGCUGCUCAGCCACAGCCGCCUGCGCGUGCUUAACCUGGCCAACAACCAAGUACGUGGGCCGGGCGCGCAGUCGUUGGCUCACGCCCUGGCACACAACACCAACCUCAUUUCCCUCAACCUACGCCUCAACUGCCUCGAAGAUGAGGGCGGCCAGGCACUUGCCCAUGCCUUGCAGACCAACAAGUGCCUUACCACACUGAACCUUGGUGGCAAUGAGUUGUCCGAGCCCACAGCCACGCUCCUCGCCCAGGUGCUUGCCAUCAACACUACGCUCACCAGCAUCAACCUGUCCUGCAACCACAUCGGGCUGGAUGGUGGCAAGCAGCUCCUGGAAGGCAUGUCAGACAACAAGACCCUCCUGGAAUUUGACCUCCGCCUAUCAGAUGUAGCCCAGGAGAGCGAGUACCUCAUUGGCCAGGCCCUCUGUGCCAACCGGGAAGCUGCCCGUCAGCGGACCUUGAAUCCUGGCUAUUUGACGUCUCCCAUCAUUGCCAAUGACCCUGAUCAUUCUGUGGAAUAAGAGUGGGGACAGGGACCUGACUUGG